UUUCAAUACCUAUUGACAAAUCUUAGCAAAUACCUAUCCGAUUGCCACCACUACCUGGAAUCAUGGCCCCGCCACCACCUCCUCCUCCUCCACCACCUCCACCGCCGCCUCCACCGCCGCCACCUCCACCACCACCUCCUCCUCCAGUUGUAUAUUGUCCGCCCCCACCCCCACCCCCACCUCCUGUGUUCAACAGCCUAUACAGCCCCAACAUCGAAAUCUCGUUGCCUGAAGUGUUGAUCCCAUCAAAAUACCGUGACGAAUGCUUUUACAACUCGAGCACAAUCGUCCGUAUCCUUCCAUUCCGGCGCAACGUUUUUAUGACCUCGCACCGCGCACAAGCUACCGAUUUCGAAGAAGUCAAAUGGCUGAUCCAGUACGGUACAACCGAGACUUGGUACGAGAAGCCCAGCAACGCUCUGCUUAAACGCAUGGAGUGCGCGGUAUUGGCGUACUCUGAGGCCGACGAGCUCCCUUCGAGCGUUGCGAAGCCAGCAGAUAUCCAGACACCUAAGAUCUGGGCAUCAGCUGCUCUCACUACUCCACUGGACGACGAGGUUAUCGAUUGCACCGCAGUGCAUGUUUCUAAAGCGGCUGCCAUGUCAUGCACCAGGCGGUGCCAGCCCUGUACCGAAGCCAGGUUCAAGGCCUUAGAGGCUGCAGAUCUGGCGUACUGUCUUGUCUUCAGUAGCACACAAGCUAUGGACUUGUUUGGACCCGCAGGUUCUGUCACUGGUGGACGCCAGAUCUACAAGAUGGUCAAAUGUGGCAGCAGGAGAGCGGCUGUUGCCGAGGUCUUCCAUGCUACUGGGCUGAACGGCUGGAACUUGGUGUUCAGCUGCAUCAUGAAGGCUUCCGAGGAUCUCGCGGAAAGUGGUGGGAAGUUCAAGAGAGUCGACGAUCUUUGGAAGCUUGAUGGUGAUCAAGACGACGCGGACGAGUCUAUCAGGAUCUUUUACUAAGCGUGGAUGUCUUCUUUGGUGGCGUGUUGCCUUAUUUUCGAGGGGUAGUUUCUACGUGGUUUCAGCUCGAGCUCGCGGCGACCUGUACCAGCGGCCCGCACCGAGUUGUCAACCUUCCACUGCAUCAGCCUUUUGGAAGCGCGUACGUAUGGCUUCAGGCAUCGCGUGCUGUAUUGGUCAAGUGGUACAUGCAUAUGCCGGCGUGUCCGCAGUAGUACUGUUGCCAUGCUGGCAUACCGCGCUUACAGCCUCACUUUCCAUGCCCACAUGCCCAUUGUGCAUGCUCAGUAUCCAAUUACCGAGUACCACGCCCUUUUCUUUUGAUCUUGGCAUCUAGCCAUCUUUCCUUGUCUAUCCUCAUUUCAUGC